GCCGUUGAGGACUCUUCAGCUCUGCUGUCGCUCAGGAACUUGAGGAGGUUGUUGAUGGAACAGAAAUCCACCCUCGUAGCUCUGGACCUCAGCAGAACAUCCAUCACCCCUGAGUCGCUGCGCACUGUUGCACAGGUUCAGGGUUUGUUUUUAGAGGAGCUGAUCCUACACGGCUGUAAGGAGCUGACCAACUACUCAGUGGAAGUUCUGGUGAAGCACCAGCCAAGCCUCCUCAAACUGGACAUCAGCGGCUGCACGGAGCUGACCAGCAGGUCUGUAGAGGCCAUAGCGCGAGGUCUGAAGUCACUGACGCACCUCUCAUUGUCGCGGGACUGGAGGAUCACAGAAAAAGGCCUGUCUGACCUGCUGUUGUUGCCCUCCCUGCGGUCUCUGGACCUGUCCGAGUGUCUGCACAUCAAUGGAACGGAGAUGGUGAAAGGCUUAAAGGGAUCCGAUGCUGCCAGACGGCAGCUAGAGACGCUCAACCUCAGGAGCUGCACCUACAUCAGGGAUCCUACAGUUUUCUUUCUCGCCCAGCUGCUUGGGGACACUCUCUGCGAGCUUGACCUGACUUCCUGCAGUAAUGUGACUGACCUGUCUGUGUGCGCCGUCGCCACCUACCUGCAGAAGCUGGUGGUGCUGCGGCUCGGCUGGUGUAAAGAAGUGACAGACUGGGGUCUGCUGGGAAUGGUGCAAAGAGCCAAAUGUGAGCCUGACGAGGAGACGGGAGACAAGGGGCCCAGGUUCACCCGGACUUUUGGCAACAUGGGCUUCUUUAAGCCUCCUUGCUUGCCUUUCGAGGAGCGACCCAAGCUAGUGACUCCGAAUGACCUGGAGCAGUUCAGAGUGCAGGCUGGAGCUUCUCUUUUAGCUCUCAGCAGGCUGCAGGAACUGGACCUCUCUGCCUGCUCCAAACUCACGGACAGCAGCAUCACUCAGGUGAUGCGUUUCCCAGAUCUCCACCAUCUGUCUCUCUCCAUGCUGCCGGAGAUCACCGACGACAGCUUAGUGUCGACGGCCCGCCACUGCCGCAGUCUCACUAGUCUCGCGCUCAGCCACUGCCCAGGUAUCAGUGACCGCGGCGUGGCGCAGGCUGCGCCCUACCUCCCCAGACUGCAACAUCUCUACCUCUCCUGCUGUAAUAACAUCACCGAUAGAUCCCUGCUCCUCCUGGUGCAGCACUGCAAACGUCUGAGGACGCUCGACAUCUCCAGGUGCAACAACAUCUCCGCAGCAGCAGUGGACCUCCUCCAGACACGGCUGCCCUUCCUGGAGAAUCUCCACUACAAAUUCAUAGGUGGGGCUGAUCUUAGCCUAACCCUCUGACAGGCUGACUGAAGAUCCUGAGAGGCUGCUGGGACCAAAGUCUGCUCUCAGCUGAGCUUUUUGCACAUGUCAAUAUUUUGUACAAGAGAGGAAAAAAAGACUUGCAAGUUUACAGCAGGACCUAAUUAUGUCAUCUGUUGAGUAAAUAUUUGCUCCUUUGUGUGGAGUAGGAAUCACCUUUACAAACCAGGCCGAGGCAGUUUGGACCAAAUGUUAUUUUUAAAGAUUUCAUCAAAGUGCAACACACGAGCACCACAGGAAGAAGAAAAUAGUCAAUAUUUAAUAUGUAUUUACUGUUUAAAGAACAAGAGAACUGGUUCUUUAUAUUUAAAUUCUUUGAGGUGCUUUUAAAUGAAAUACUGCUGUCACAGACGUAGAACAUCAGUUGUUGAUUAUAGAGAUUGUUGUAGACUACUGAUGCCAACGACACUCCAUUUCCUAUGUUUCUAAUGCUGACAGUCUUUGCUUGUUUGCUCAGUGAUGUUGUUAAAAGCAGGAUGUAGGAUGGGACACUUGGAUGCUGCUAAAGCAGGAAAGAGCUGUGGAGUGAAAAUGUUUCUCCAUCCUUAUCGUUUAGAUUAAAAUAAAGCAAAUCAGGGUUUUAAUUACCAAUUGCUUUUCAAAAAACUGCCAGAGUUGAUUUGAAAUAUGAUAGAGUGUCAGAUGUUCUUGGAAAGGGAGCAUCAUGUCAAAACUAGCAAGUUUCAUUUCCACUCCAGCCCACUGUGUACGCUGUUAUAGCACUGAGACAGAGGGAGUACUCAUCAUGGACCAAAGGUGUGUCUUUUAUAAAUAAACCAAAGUUUGUUUUUUUUUGCUGUAUAAAUCAAAAAAAUUUUUAUUCAUGUGAAUUAAAUCAAACCACAUGAUUCAACGUGCACAUUAUCCCAGAGGUCAGUGUGGAGGACAGCUGUGCUGAAAUGAAAUCAA